AUGAAGUACUUUUCGCUUUUUAAUUCUAGAGUUGUUGAUAUCGACACUGAAUCAUUUGAAUAUCUACCUUAUAUCGAGGAAAUUGAUCUUUCAGCCAACAGUUUGCAAAUGGAAAUCGACUAUGGAAAUCUUAUAACUUUACUUUUUAGUUUAACUAAGUUAGAAAUUAUCCGAUUGACUGGUAAUUCACGUAAUUCUAAUUCCACGGAAAACCACGAAGUCUUUCCCGAAAAAAAGGCAAAUCGGACUAUCGAUAUUCCGAGAAAUAUUGAGGAAAUGCAUUUUUCCUUCUCUACACUAAGCAGAGGUCGAUAUAGCUUUUCCUAUGGGUUGAACUUGAACAGGAACAAUUCAAUUCGAGUACUGGAUUUUGCCAGUAUGAAAUUGUUCGGAAAAUUAGGCCCUAUCCAUGGUCUUGUUCAUCUCACAGAUCUUUAUGCAGAUAAUAUGGGUUCUGAAAUAUAUCCCAAUACAAUUUCCUGUCACAACGGAGCGUUUGAAUCCAUUGAGGAAUUGUUGAUUUCAGGCAAUUCCAUGAAUAUGAGAGACCAUACGUUAAAUGCAACGUAUGAGAUGUUUGUUAAUUGCCCCCGACUUCGUAAGAUAGAUUUGUCCUACAAUAAAAUGGCAACGAUGCCUUUCAUUAUGUUCAGGAACUCCAGUCAGCUGAGAACAAUACAUUUGAAUGGAAACAAACUCAAAAAAUUCAACAUUGACCUUGAAUCAGCGUUGCACUUGGAAAGCUUGAACAUUGCUGAUAAUGAGCUCCAAUCUUUACCAGAAAAUAUACAACGAAUCAUUGGGAGGCAGAACAAAGACUCGAACGUCACGGUUCGAGUUGAUCUGCAAGGAAACCCCCUUAUCUGUGGAUGCAACUCGAUUGACUUCAUAGCCUGGAUGCAGGAAAACAGCAAGAACAUAAUGCAGUGGGAGGAAUUACAAUGCACGUACUUCAAUGAUUCCACUGUUAAAAUGCACACCAUUGACUUGGCUGCAUUGAAAUUCUCCUGUUGGAAACCCGUGAUUCUGGCUGGGACUAUUCCGAGUGGAUUCAUGUUGGUGUUUGGGUGCCUAGCGUUCCUGGUAUACAGACGUCGAUAUAAACUACACUAUCUGUACCUCCAGCUAAGAGCCGCUCUGAGGCACCAUGGCAAAGAAAACAACGAGUAUGACUUUGAUGCUUUCAUAAGCUACAAUUCUCUGGAUAAAACAUGGGGGCAGGAGGCAUUGUAUGCGACUCUCGUUGGUGUUCACCAUUACAAAAUAUGCAUUGAUGAUCGCAACUUCAGACCAGGUGCUUAUAUCUCUGAUAUAAUUCUUGACGCCAUCAACCGAAGCAACAAAGUCAUUCUUAUUAUCACCCAGAACUUUCUACGCAGCAAAUGGUGCACUUAUGAAAUGAACAUCGCUAGAGGAGAAUUGGCCAAUAGGGGGCGCGAUUGCUUAGUCCUCAUUCUGAAGGAGCCAAUAAAUGUCAUUCCGAAAGAAUUAAUCACUCCUACAUUGCAAUCUCUUCUGGAUACCCGUGUGUAUCUUGAGUGGAGUGAUUAUGUCGACAGACAAGCCGUGUUCUGGAGGAAGUUAUGCGAUGCCCUUGGAGAGCCUAGACCACAUAUUGAAGAGCAGGGAGGCAGUCAAUACACGAUGCCUCAGAAUGAAGAAGACGAACAGGCAGUAGAGAACUUUUUAAGAGAGAAUACACAGCUGCUGGAUGCGUUUUAA